CCAUACAUAUUAUCCAUCCAUACAUAUGGUGUGGUGUGUAUAAAUUAAACACAAUGGGAGAUGUACAAUUACAGUCACAUGUUGAUGGAUUUAAGUUAUUCUUCCACAAUGCUUUCCCCACACUCACUCAACUACAACAAUCACAAAACAGUAAUAACCAACGCCGGAGCACCGUGUAGGUGGUCGUUCAGAUUCAGUUAUAACAAACCUCACACUCCUCUCGUCUUCCCAAGCCACCUUCCGAUCGCAUCGCCGCUUCUCACAACAACAACAACCGCUCUCCGCCGCAACGCCACCACACUUCCGCCUCUCCGUUUCUCCGGCGCUGCCGAUGUCGUCAUCGUCGGCGCUGGCGUCGCCGGUUCCGCUCUCGCCUACACCCUUGCUAAGGAUGGACGACGUGUCCAUGUCAUUGAGAAAGACUUGAGACAGCCAGAUAGAAUCGUCGGUGAAGUUCUCUUGCCAGGAGGAUAUCUAAAGCUAGUUGAAUUAGGGUUAGAAGACUGCGUGGAGCAAAUUGAUGCGCAACGAAUUCUAGGGUAUGUUAUUUUCAAGGAUGAGAGAAAAACUAAGCUGCAUUAUCCUUUAGAGAAGUUUAGUUAUGAUGUGGCUGGUAGGUGCUUCAAUAAUGGACGGUUUAUACAGAAGAUGAGAGAAAAAGCUUCUGCUCUGGAGAAUGUACGAAUGGAGCAAGGUAUUGUAACAUCUCUUCUUAAACAGGAUAACAAAAGUGUUAUAGGAGUUCAAUACAAAACUAAAGAUGGCCAAGAACUUAAAGCAUACGCUCCCUUAACAGUUGUUUGCGAUGGUUGUUUCUCAAAUCUACGCCGGUCUCUCUGUGACCCCAAGGUAGAAGUACCCUCUUGUUUCGUGAGUCUAUCCAUGGAGAAUUGUCAACUCCCAUUUGAAAAAUAUGGACAUAUUAUGCUGGGUGAUCCUUCAUUUAUCAUAUUUUAUCGUCUCACCAAAACUCUAGUUCGUUGCGUUGUUGAUAUACCUGGUGAGAAAGUACCUCCUGGUGGAAUAGCCAACUACCUAAAGACUAAAGUGGCAUCCCAGAUUCCACGUGAACUUCAUGAUGCUUUCAUAUCUGCAAUUGACAGAAGAACUAUUAGAAUCAUGCCUACCAGUUGCAUGCCAACUGAUCCAUAUCCUACUACUCCUGGAGCUCUAUUAUUGGGUGAUGCUUUCAACAUGCGUCAUCCUUGGGCUGGUGGAGGAAUGACAGUGGCAUUAUCUGAUAUUGUUGUGCUACGAGGUCUUCUUAAGCCAAUUUGUGACCUGAAUGAUUCAACCUCACUAUGCAAACAACUUGAAUCCUUUUACAUCUUACGCAAGCCUAUGGCAUCCACCAUAAAUACUUUGACAGAUGCCCUAUAUAAGGUCUUUUCUGUGUCACCCGAUGAAGCAAGAAAGGAACUACGCCAAGCAAGUUUUGAUUACUUGAGUCUUGGAAAAUUUUAUUCAAGUGGACACGUUACUCUACUCUCUGGUUUAAAUCCUAGCCCAUUGAGUUUAGUUCUCCAUUUUUCUGCUACUGUAUUCUAUGGAGUUGGCCGUUUGCUAUUGCCAUUCCCUUCUUUUGAACGCUUGUGGCUUGGAGCUAGAUUAAUUUUGUGUGCAUUUGGCAUAAUACUUCCAAUAGUCAAGGCUGAAGGACUAAGGCAAAUGUUUUUCCCCGCAUCCAUACCAGCAUUUUAUAAAGCUCUUCCUGAUAGGUGAUACAUUGUGGAGUAAGAGAAAUCUUUCAAUGCUCCCUUUGCUAUGCAUUUUCCUUUAUUAUGUUUUUAAAUUAAUAAGGAGAAUUCCAGUGUGCGCAAGGGCCAUUUAUGUCACUUGGAAGGGAUUAAUGAUGAAGUGUUUCAAUGUUAUAGGAGGUAAUUGGCCAAUUUUCUUUUUCCCGUCAUUGUACUAGACGAAAAGGGAAAAAAUAAGUAGUCUUAAACUUGAAAAUUGUCUGUUUAUGUAAUAUUUCAGAUUCUUUUUCAUUUA